UUGUACAGAGAAGAAGGACACGUAUUAAACUAUUCCAAGAACAUAAAGAACACAUCCAGAUGAAAAUAAACAUUGUUACUCUAAUUUUGUUAGCCCUGCUCUUGAUCACUUCAACUCUAUUAGUGGAAGCAAGAAGUAGGAAUGAUGAAGAGAAGAGAAGAAGCCAAAGGAGAAGUAGAACUGUAGGAAGCCGUAGAAGAAGAAGCAGUGGCGGAAGAAGAUCAGGGUCUUCAUCUUCACCGGGUUGCGAUCCUUUAUAUUCAUACCUCUUUGGUAAUUGUGGUCAAUGGCCUUUCCCUCGUAAUUCUCCAAACAACCCAUUUUUUCAGCAACCCACCCGGCCUUCUCCCUCACCUCGCCGCCGUACUCCGCCCCUCCGUCCUCCGCUUAUACCCUCUCCUCCACCACAAGUUCUACCGCCGCCACUUAUCCCGUCUCCACCUCCACUCGUCCCUUCACCUCCAAUAGUAAUUACACCAUCACCUCCGCCUCUUGUAACACCUUCACCUCCAAUAGUAACACCAUCACCUCCGCCUCUUGUAGUAACACCAUCACCUCCGCCUCUUGUAACACCUUCACCUCCAAUAGUAACACCAUCACCUCCGCCACUGGUUACACCAUCGCCUCCGCCAGUUGUCUCCUCUCCUCCACCGGCGGUAACACCAUCACCGCCACCAGUAGUCGCAUCUCCUCCGCCAUCACCACCACCAGCCUCCCCUCCAGUUUCCCCACCUCCUCCAUUAGUUCCAUCUCCACCACCACCUUCUUCUCCUCCGCCAAUUCCACCACCACCUUUAGUUCCAUCUCCACCUCCUCCGGAAUCUCCUCCCUUCAUAAUAUUUCCUCCACCACUAGUUGCUUCACCACCUCCACCGGAGGAACCUGUCUUCCCUUGGUUAUCCCCUCCUAACGCAGACACACCAACUUUUCCGCUAUUUUCUCCUCCACCUUUAGUACCCGAUUUUCCCCUCCCAUCACCUCAACAACCAGACUUUCCACCGCAAACUCCACUUGUCCCCAUAUUUUCUCCACCAGAACAAGACUUUCCCCCAGCUACACCACUUGUCCCAAUAUUUUCACCACCUCCAUUCUUUACUCUUCCGCCGCCGGAACAAAACUUGCCUCCAGCUACACCACUUGUCCCCAUUUUUCCACCAUCAGACGAGCCGCCAGUAAUUCCUGAUCAACCACCAAACAGUUUUUUUCCGCCACCAGUGAUACCUGAUCAACCACCAGACAAUUUUCUGCCUUCGCCGUUGAUUCCUGAUCAACCACCAAACAAUUUUCUGCCAUCACCAGUGAUUCCUGAUCAACCACCAAACAAUUUUCUGCCAUCACCAGUGAUACCUGAUCAACCACCAGACAAUUUUCUGCCUUCACCGUUGAUUCCUGAUCAACCACCAGACAAUUUUCUGACUUCACCAGUGAUUCCUGAUCAACCACCAAACAAUUUUCUGCCAUCACCAGUGAUUCCUGAUCAACCACCAAACAGUUUUCUUCCAACACCGGUAAUACCUGAUCAACCACCAGAAACUUUUCUGCCGUCACCUGUGGUUCCGGAUCAACCGCCGGCUAUUUUCAUGGCACCACCAUUAGUUCCUGACGUACCAGAAAGUUCAAUGUUACCACAACCCUUCAUAUCAGCACCGCCAGUCCAACCGGCCGAAGCGCCGCCAGUUGCGGUUAUUCCGCCAUUUGAGCUUCCGCCUCAGUCGGACUCGCCACCAUCCACCUGAUAGUAAUACUUAAUGUAUCUAAUUACGAACUAAAUUUUAAAGGUGAUAAAUGCUGGUCCAUAGUUAUAUUGAAGCUGCAUGGUUUAUCGUUAUUGUUACAUUUCCUUUUGCUGUUUGUAGUUAAG